UUGUCUUUACACCAUAUGUUUCUUCUUCUUUUUGCUCCACAAAUUUAAACCUAUUAAUCACCACCACCCACCACCCACUGCCUCUGCUCACUUGCUAGCCUUUCUCUUAAAGACAUUUUCCAUAUUUACAUAUCUUCUCUUUCUUGUAAUCUAAAAGAAUCUGUGACUUAAUUAUCUCAGAUUUUUGUCACCUUUUUUGCUCUCCCUUUUCCCUUUUGUCUUUGAAACUACUCUUUUCUAAUAAGGAAGAAUUAAUCAAUUCCUAGGUGUUUAUAUCACUGUGUUUCUUGAUCAUCGUUAUUGAUUCCUAUUUUUUUUUUGUAAUACUUCUCUUUUGUAAUUCAAGAUGGAUCCGGCAGAGCUACGCCGGGUUUUCCAAAUGUUUGAUAGGAAUGGAGAUGGCAAGAUCACAAGGAAAGAACUCAGCGACUCGCUACAGAACUUGGGUAUCUUCAUACCCGACAAGGAUUUGGUUCAAAUGAUUGAAAAGAUUGAUGCUAAUGGAGAUGGGUUUGUGGAUAUUGAAGAGUUUGGGGGAUUAUAUGAAACGAUAAUGAAUGAGAAGGACGAGGACGAGGACAUGAAAGAAGCAUUCAACGUUUUUGAUCAAAACGGAGAUGGGUUUAUCACGGUGGACGAGUUGAAGUCAGUUUUGGCAUCCUUGGGGCUGAAGCAAGGAAGAACUUUAGAGGAUUGCAAGAGGAUGAUAAAGAAAGUGGAUGUGGAUGGAGAUGGGAUGGUGAACUACAAGGAGUUUAAGCAGAUGAUGAAAGGUGGUGGGUUUGCUGCCCUAGGUUCAAGUUAAACGAUAUUCAUACGCGCAUAGAGAAGGUUAAUUAAUCCAAAAAAUAAAGAGAGAGAGAGAGAGAGAGAGAGGGAACCUUUUUCAAGGAGACCUCUUUGUAUCAUUUAUACACACAAAUUUGUCAUUUCUGAUCGAUUAUGAGAGCAUAUAAUUAUGAUUAAGUCAUAGUUGUUAUCAUGUUAUGUUGAAUUCAAUUAUUAUUAUUAUUAUUUUCUUUAGCUUUUAUAGCUAUUGCUAUGUUGUUUUCGCUUCAUAGGCAAAAGGGAAAUGCUUUUUCCUUUUUACUUCUGAUUAAUUGUUCUUCUUUUCAUGUAUAUUCCACUCUCCAUUUUUCUU